AACACCCGAAGGUGAUAUGGCGGGAAAACUCGUUUUCUGUCCUGUUGCCAUCCAGACCAAUUUCUUUUCUACGGUAUUCCUGUCAUCCAUAUUUCAAGGACUUCUAUAAGGUGCCACUGAGAAAGUAUACGCCACCUCCUCCUCCCUCCCCACCUCCUCCUCUCGCGUUUAGUAUAAAAAGAACAUUGAUGACUGUGGAAGACAUCAAUUGGUUCCUGAGGCCGAGUGACAUUCACCAUGGAGACGAAAAUGCUGGUUCUGUUCUUUGGUAUUGUUGCCUUUGCAACAGCCGCUCCCCAGUUUGACUCUGAUGACGAACAGUUCACGCCGUAUAGCUACGCCUAUGGCGUGAAUUCUGGAGACACAGGUGACAACAAAGAGCACAAGGUGAAAGUUACUCCAUCAGGUGCAAUUGAAGGUGAAUACAGGUGGCUCCAACCCAAUGGUCUGUACAGGGUAACUCGUUACACUGCUGAUGGCGUUUCUGGCUACCGUGCAGUCGUCAGUGAGGAACCUGGUGAUCAGGUUGGCUCUUACUACAGGAACAGCAGGGAAGAAUCAGAACAGCAGAGACUUGCUCUUAGCAGCCAAAGGAAUCUGCAGUCACAGAACAAUUUCCAGGCCGGAUUUGAAAGCUCACAAACCGCCCAAAACCAAGGCUUUAACUCUCAACAGAAUCAAAACCAGGCCUUCAGUGACUCUCAGAAUUUCCAGAACCAAGAAUUUAGAGGCUCCCAGGGUUCCCAAACCCAAGGGUUCAGUAAUGACCGCACCUUCCAAAGCCAAGGAUCCAGGUCUCAAAACUUCCAAAACAACGAAUUCACAAGAGACGAGGAUUCCCAAAGACAAUCAUUCAACAAGGAACAAAGCUUCCAAAACCGUGGUUUUGAAAGUUCCCAGAACUUCCAAACCCAAAACUCCAUCACUAAUCAAAAUGCUUUGAGCCAAAGUCUGAGUACACAAAGUCUCCAGAAUCAAGUACAAGACAGAGAUCAAACAUUCCAAGGCCAAUCCUUCAACAGGGAGCAGAACUUCGAUAACUUCCAGAAUCAAGGAUUCAACAGAAACCAAAAUUCCCAGAACCAAGGAUCCUCUGACAGGCAAACCUUCCAAGUUCAAGUUUUAAAUAAUGAUGAGGCUCUUCUGGAACAGUCAUUUAGGAGGGAACAAGGCUCUCCAAACCAAGGUUUUUCUACUUCUCGUGACUUCCAGAACCAAGAAUUCAGCAACUCCCAGUUACAAAGGGAGGGCUUCAGUAGAAACCAAAAUACCCAGAACCUUGGACUCACAAGGUUCCAGAAUUCUCAGAACCAGAGAAUAAGUAGCUCUCAGGGUCCCCAAAGCCAAGGUCAGACUUUCCAAGCUCAGCCAUUCAGCCAGGAACAGGGCUCUCAGAACCAAGGGCUCAGCAACUCUCAGGACUUUCAGAGUCAAGGUUUCCAGAACCAACGAUUUGAGAAUUUCCAAUCCUCAAGAGAUGAAGGAUUCAGACAGGGCCAGAAUGUUCAAGAACAGUCAUUUGGAAGGGUAGAAAGUUCUCAGAGAUUCCAGAACCAAGAUUUCCAGAACCAACGAUUCGAAAAUUUCCAAUCCUCAAGAGAUGAAGGAUUCAGACAGGGCCAGAAUGUUCAAAAACAAGAACAGUCAUUUGGAAGGGUAGAAAGUUCUCAGAGAUUCCAGAACCAAGAUUUCCAGGACCAAGGAUUCAGCAGCGCUCAACGAUUUGACAGUGAGGGACCUAACAGAGACCAAGCUUUCCAGGAGCGGCCAUUCAACAGGGGGCAAAACUUCCUAAACCAGGAAUCUGACAAUGCCGAGAACUUCCAGUCUCAAGAUUUCAAUAGUAACCAAAACUUCCAGAGCCAGUCAUUCAGCAAUUCCCAAAGAUCUCAGAAUCAAGAUUUUGCUGACAGGCGCGUUUUCCAAAACUCCGCCACUGGAAACUUCCAGAGGAAUCAGAACCAGGAGUUCAGCAGCUCCAGCAAUUUCCAAAACCAAGAUCUCAGGGGCGAGCAAAGAUUCCAGAACCAAGACUCAACGGCCUUGCAAAGCUUCCAGGACCAAGGCUUGAAUGACUCGGAGUUUGGAUUCAGUCAAGUCAGUUCCAGUCGUUCUUCGUCCAGGAAUGCUGAUUCUGGUCUCAACGCUUCUCGAUUUUCCAGUGGCAAUGAUGGGGGAAAAGUGGCUGUGGUACUAACUAGGACUGGUAACGCUAAUCGGCUUGGCAGACAAUUCAGUUAGGUCAGCCACCUCAUUGUAUAAGAUACUCUCACUGUGAUCUCACUUGUUUCUAACGUGGACAUUCACCAAAAUCUAACUUUGUGAUCUGAUGAUCUGAUAUCGAAUAA